ACCGUUCCUCCUGCCAUCACAUCACACCUGUGUUAAAUCUGCCAUUCAGUGGCCGUCUCUCCCCAAAUCCAUUUGGAGGAAGCCCAAAGAGAUAGGAGAGCUCGACUUCCGCUCCCGAGACGGUCAUCCCUGCUUCCCCCGAGCUCCGGAAUUGCUGGGAAAGGGUCGGCGGCGGGUUUGAUUUAGCUAGUAAUCGAUUCACCCAGAGACCAAUCUUGUUUGUCCUUUGUGAUAGGUGUGAUUUCUCUUUUCCGCUACCAGGGUUGUUCUUGUUGAGCAGCGGCGGAGAGCGAGUUCUUCAGGGAAAGGGUGUAGCCGUGAGUUGUUUUGAAGGGUCAUAGAUGCUUAAGAUGGAAAAAAAAGGAGAACAACGAUGGUUUGUUCUUCGAAAUCGUCACUACUAGAAUUUGCUGCGGAAGCAGAACUCUAGGGUUGAUGAUGUUUGUUGGUCGAAACAUCAAGCUAUUCUGAGACGGAACUAAAGAUCGAGCCUCUGUCACUUAAAGGUGCGCUGGGAGGGCCGGGCGCCCGCCUGGUUAAACUUAGGCCAGCUCGAGCGUGAGUCGAAGCAAAAAACUCAUCUGGUUCGAUUGAACCAGGUAUCUGUCGCAGAAACCACCACCCGCCUGUGCCCUAACGCCGAAGUCCUUCUUUCCCCCACUGCGUUCCUCGCGGCGGCGGAGUUCCUCCCACCGGCGAACGACGGCGGCAGCGGCGGCGGCGGCUUCUUCCCCUCCCUCCAGCCUGGUGGAUUACGAAGAAUCAAGUUGCCAUGCAUAAAGACAGUGGCUCCAGUGACACUCCAAAUUAUUUGGGACGAAUUCGACAUCGUAAACGCCCUAGUGAGGUUUCUGCAGAUGCAAAUAAAGCAAAUGGAUCAAAAUUGCUUGUUAAUGACCGCAAUAAAUACAAAUCAAUGCUUAUUCGUACUUAUUCAUCAGUGUGGAUGAUAGGGGGCUUCACUUUUAUAAUCUAUAUGGGCCAUCUCUAUAUAUGGGCGUUGAUCGUCGUCAUCCAAAUUUUUAUGGCCAAGGAGCUUUUUAAUCUACUCAGAAGAGCCAAUGAAGAAAGACAGCUUCCAGGGUUUAGGCUGUUAAAUUGGCAUUUUUUCUUCACUGCAGUGUUGUUUACUUACGGGCGCUUUCUUAGCCGGCAGCUUGUCAACACUGUGACUUCAGAUAAAUUGUUGUAUCAGCUUGUUAGCGGCCUUAUUAAAUAUCAGAUGUUUAUUUGCUAUUUCCUGUAUAUUGCAGGUUUUGUGUGGUUUAUUCUUACACUUAAGAAGAAGAUGUAUAAGUAUCAGUUCAGCCAAUAUGCGUGGACACACAUGAUUCUUCUAAUGGUAUUUGUGCAAUCUGCUUUCACCGUCGCAAACAUAUUCGAGGGUAUAUUUUGGUUUCUCUUACCAGCAUCACUUAUUAUUAUCAAUGACAUUGCUGCAUAUUUUUUUGGGUUCUUUUUUGGGAGAACACCAUUGAUCAAACUAUCUCCAAAGAAAACUUGGGAGGGUUUUAUUGGGGCAUCAAUCACGACAUUGAUCUCUGCCUUCAUGUUAGCAAAUAUAAUGGGCCAGUUCCAAUGGCUUACUUGUCCUAGAAAGGACUUAUCAACUGGAUGGCUGCAUUGUGAUCCUGGCACGUUGUUUAAACCAGAAUAUUUUUCAGUACCUAGAUGCAUGCAUCAGUGGUUUCCUUGGAAAGAAGUAGCAAUUUUGCCUGUGCAGUGGCAUGCUUUAGCUCUUGGUCUGUUUGCAUCAAUCAUAGCACCAUUUGGAGGAUUCUUUGCAAGUGGUUUUAAACGUGCCUUCAAACUUAAGGACUUCGGUGACAGCAUUCCUGGACAUGGUGGAAUUACUGACAGAAUGGAUUGCCAAAUGGUCAUGGCCGUUUUUGCAUACAUAUACCAUCAAUCAUUUGUCAUGCCUCAAAGUUUGUCAGUUGAGAUGAUUUUGGAGCAGAUAUUAAGGAACCUUACCUUUGAGGAGCAACAGUUUCUAUAUGAGCAACUUGGGAAUAUCUUUCAAGCCAGGCAACUGUUGCAAGCCUAGUUUCUUCGUGAUGGCCAGACUCCAGAAUCAUUAUAUAUUUGGCACCAUCUUAUGAUACACCAUUGAACGGAUGGAACUCGUGAAACUGUUGAUCUUUGAAACUGCUUGUAAAUAGUUUUUGCACCAUAUUAGCUUGCAGCAUGACUGCAACUGGAUCAGGUCCAGCACCGUGGAAACAUACUAUAUCUUCUUGCAUGUGUUUGUCCAGGUUGGAGUAAGCUGGUGUCAUGCAUCUAUAUAAAGUUGAGGAUUAGACGUACUGAGAAUCAUUGAUCUAGAAUCUCAUACAUUGAAGUAUAUUUUGGUAAUGCACUGAAAUGAUUAGAAAACAAUGAGGAUUGAAUGCUAAAACGUCAUUUUCUGGAGGAUGAGCACUUUUUGCUAAUGAUGUUGUACCUAUUUUACUCUUUUAUGCAAACCCUUUCUGGAUGUAUGUUUAUUAUGCUUCUUUCUCCCUUGGGAAUGAUAUAAACACAUAGGUCUGAGGUAUUGUGGCUUUAAUUUGUUACAAAAUUUAAUGGAACAAACAAAUCAGAUGAUUUUGGAUUCUCUAAGUGUACAAAAAUUCAUCAUGGGAGCAUCAUGUUUAUGGAUUAUCUUUAUCACCUUAGAUGAGUUAUGGAUUAUCUUUAACGGUACUGCAUUUCUAUUAGUCACCUGUAUGUCUUUAUAGGCUUUGUUAGAUCGCGUUAAAUGCAUUCAAGAUUUUAUGAGCAAUUUAAGGAAUUUAAUAUCAUAAUUCAUAAGCUUCAAAAUCCUUAUGGGACCUGCGAAGUAAAAUUUGAUUAGCACUAUUUUUUCGUUUACAUUCAUUUGCUAAUCUUGUGAUGAGGCUUCCUAUUUAUCUGUAUGAUUUCAUCCUUGCAAUCGGCUAUUACAGUGAUGAUUUGGACGCAUGUCACAUCAGCUAUGAGUCGUCGUGUUUGGUACGUGGAAUUUUUUUCCUUUUUUUAGUUUCGGUGAACCCUCUCUCGAGCGCGACACCGAAGUCAUCACCACACGCCUAACGAGACGUAUAAUGUCACAAAUCAUUGGCUCCUCCAUCUUCCGCUGCGGCGCCUCCAACAGCCUCCGCCAAGAUUCAUUCUCUCCUUUCGGUGAAGCGGGACCCUCCAAGUGCCACGUCAGCAAACGAACCCCUUUUCUGGGUCGAAUUCGACAGCCACCAGCGGAGUCCAGAUCGACAAUUUGUGUGCUUCUUUUUGACGUGGGCCCCCCCGCCGCUUGAAGCCAGCUGCCGUCGUCGUUUCGACACGGCACCAAUCGAGCCCGAUCGCUGUCUGGAGUCGGACAGCUAAAACCCACGGAGCAUUUGGCUUGAUUAAGAAUAGGAAACUUUCAGUUUUGCCAUCGUCGUCUGCACAUCGGAAAGGGGAUAAUUACAUAUUACUCUUUGUAUUCAAUUAUCUUUAAUAUUUUAAUUUUUAAUUUAAAUUA